GAGACUCCCAGGGAGCGCAGAUGAAGGCGUCCGCCCAGGGCACUGGCUGCUGGGGCCUAAACUGUAGGGCCAACGUGGCUCUGGCAGGCUUGCAGGAAGAGCUGCCUCAGCUGAAGCAGAGAGAAGACCUGACCCUCAUAGACGGGAUGUACACCUGCACAGCCCAGGGCACUUGGAAGAAUGAGCUGAGCGGAGAGAAGGCUCCCCGGUGUCUGCCCGUGUGCGGGAAGCCCAUGGUCCCCGUGGAGCAGAAGCAGCGCAUCAUCGGCGGGCAAGUGGCGCGGCCGGGCAACUUCCCCUGGCAGGCCUUCACCAACAUCCACGGGCGCGGGGGCGGCGCCCUGCUGGGCGACCGCUGGAUCCUCACGGCCGCUCACACCCUCUACCCCAAGGACCAGGCCGGGCAAAGCAACGCCACCGUAGACGUGUUCCUGGGCCACACGAACGUGGAAAAGAUCACCAAGCUGGGCAACCACCCGGUCCGCAGGGUCAGCGUCCACCCCGACUACCGGCAGAACAACUCCCACAGUUUCGAGGGCGACAUCGCCCUGCUCGAGCUGGAGAACAGCGUCACGCUGGGCCCCAACCUCCUGCCCAUCUGCCUCCCCGACAACGAGACCUUCUAUGACUGGGGCCUCAUGGGCUACGUCAGUGGCUUUGGGAUCACGGAGGAGAAGCUCUCGUACGACCUCAGGUUCGUGCGUCUGCCCGUGGCGAGGCGCCAGGCGUGUGAGAACUGGCUGCGGGAAAAACAACGGGAGGAUGUGUUUUCCCAGAAUAUGUUCUGUGCCGGGGACCCGACUCUCAAGCAGGACGCCUGUCAGGGGGACAGCGGGAGCGUGUUUGCGGUGAGGGACCGGCACAGCGACCGCUGGGUGGCCACGGGCAUCGUGUCCUGGGGCAUCGGGUGCAGCAGGGGGUAUGGCUUCUACACCAAACUCCUCAGCUACGUGGACUGGAUCAAGCAGGAGAUGGCGGAGAGGGAGGACUGAGCCCAGAAGUCGCUCGGCCAGAGUCCGGCGAGCUUUGAGCAAGAUAAUUCUCUGCCCCGCUGUUGAUGGCCACUAAGAGUCUGUGUCAGUCACGGCGUGGACGGACGCCGUGGGAAGCAGUCUCUUCCCUACAGUCCCACCCACAUUCUGUAACUGAAACUCCCCAGGGCACUUUCCUCCAAGGAUUGCAGAGGACACAGUCAUUAGCCGUCUCUAGCAAUGCUUUUCCUUCUCCGUCUUUCGACCACUGGGUGAUCAAAUAAAACCCUUUGCAAAUAAAAUUUUGUGACAAAUUCCAGGGU